AUGGACAGAACAAAGAUGAGUGAGAAGAAGAGAGUCAGAGACAUGGUGGCAGAAUGGAGGAUUGAAGGAGACCUGAUUUAUUUGGCAAUUGGCGCCAAAGAAGGCGUCUUGGAUACCAAAGUGGAAGAAUUCAAAAGAAACAGGGACGAAAGUGCGGUAAAAAAUGAUCAGGGUAAAAUUGGGCGAUUUACGAGAAAAACAUUGCAACUUUUUACAGGGAAAAUUGAACUAGGCGAAUUACGAACUAAAAUGGUAGAGCACCUUGUAGACAAAAAUGUGACACCAAAAUAUGCGGAACAAUUAGCAGAUGGAAUAACAGAGCAGUUUAGGUUGAGUGGAAGAGACUGGGCCACUGAAGCGGAGCUGAAGGAGCAAACAAGAAAAGCAUUGCAGAGAAUUCUGGUUAAAAUUGACACCGUGGAUUUGGUAGCCAAAAUCAGAAAUUCAACGAGGCCAUUCGUGUUUUGUUUUGUAGGGGUAAAUGGAGUAGGAAAGAGCACAUCAUUGGCAAAAAUGACCAAGUGGCUGUUGGAUCAGAGAUUGACAGUCUUCAUUGCUGCCUGUGACACGUUCAGGGCAGGUGCAGUUGAGCAGCUUAGGGUGCACGUAGACAGAUUCACAGGUGCAGGAAGAAAAGUGGGAUUCUACGAAAGUGGAUACAACAAGGACGAUGCAACAGUGGCCAAGAAUGCAAUAGCAAAGGGAGCAGAACAGAACUACGAUGCUGUUUUGAUUGAUACGGCUGGAAGAAUGCACGAAAACAAGGUGCUGAUGUCUUCGUUAUCUCGAAUAGUACGCGUUAAUAAACCAGACCACAUAGUUUAUGUAGGAGAAGCACUAACUGGAAAUGACUCACUUGAUUUCAUAUCUGAAUUCAACAGGAGCAUCAGCAAAGCAAUACCAAAGAGGGAAAUAGACUCGAUUAUUCUUACAAAGGUGGAUACAGUUGACGAAAAAAUAGGACAAAUAUUCAACUUAAUGCUGGCGUCAUCUGCACCAAUUCUGUUUCUGGGAGUGGGCCAGGCCAACAGUGAUCUGCUUGAAAUGGAUUCAGAGCAGAUAACUGAGCUCAUUCUCUAA